AUGGGCAAGGUUUGUAUUACUUUAUAUAUAUGUGCAUUGCAAAUUAUUUAAUACUAAUAACAAAAUCAAAAGGUUAUCUUCUUGACAAGAUUAAGAGAUAUUCUUAUGAAGGAGAAUUUUAAGAUGAUAAAAUGCAUGGAAAAGGAAAAUACACAUUUUUAAAUUUAACAAAAGACAAUAUAUUUGAAGGCAAUUUUAUAAAUGAUGAACCAGAAGAUGCUGAAGGAUUUAAUAACAUUAAAAACCCAAGAGAUUUAGAGAAAGAAGCUGCAGAACUACUUAGAAAAUAAUAAGAAGAAUAAGAAAUGUUAUUGCUAAUGGAAUAAUAAAAGAAAAAAGGUAAAAAGGGUAAAAAAUGAUUUAAAAUAUUUUAUUUCAUAAUUUUUAAUUGAUAAAUUAAAUAUUGUAAAAUGUAUGUGUAUUUUUUUAUAUGGAGUAAAGCGAAUUAAUGUAAUUCUAAAAAACCUUAAAAAUCAUAAAGGUUCAAAAAAUGAAAUAAUUAAAUAAAUAAAUAAACAUUCAAAGAAACUAAUAAUUAAUUUACUAAUUUUAGGAAGGAGAUAUAUAGUAUUUGAUUUUAGGAAUUAUUAAUUAAAUAAAAAGAAUUAAUAUAAAUAAUUAAUUAAGAAUUUGCAUAUAUAUUUUUAUAAUUAAAAAAUUUAAAUUUAUUUAUAUUUUCAAAAAUUGUAUCUUUCUUUCUUUGUGUGUAAUUAAUUUAAUUAUUUAUUAUUUUGUUUUUUAUAUAAAUAAUCAAAAAAUUCAUAAUACUUUUUCGCAUUUUAGUUUAUAAUUUACAACAAUUAAAUUAAAAACAAGUUAAUAUUAAUAAAAUAAAUACAUACAUAUUUAAUAAAAAUGUCCACCAGAGAAGAAUUAGCUAGAAGCAUAUUGGAAACUGAAAGAGAUAUUAUUGCUGCAGUCCAAAAAUCUAAGGCUUAUGAAAACUCAAUUAGUUUUCUCAAGAGAAAUAUUAUGAAAGGUCAAAUUACUUUAAGAGAACUUGAAUCAGUUGCUCCUGAGUAAAAGGCAUACAGACCCUUAGGAAGAGCUUUUAUCUUGAAGUCAAAAGAAGAUAUUAAAACUGAAUUAGAAGGAAUUAUGAAAAGUAACGAAAAUGAUAUUUAAGAAUAUGAAAAAUCCCGUUAACAUUUUAAUAAAAAAAGAGAAGAUUUAGAAAAAGUUUUUAAGGAAAAUCUCGAUAAGCACAAAUAAUUAGUUGGUUCUCAUUGAAUAAAGUAGAAUUUGUAAAAAGAAAAGCAUAUUGUUUUAAAAUACUAUGUUAUUAAUUAAAAAAAGUAUCCAUUUUAGUGUUUGUUUGUUUAUGUCUUUACUAAAAUAGGAUUUUAUUUUAUUUUUAUUGUCUUACAAAAUAUUUAUUUCAUUCUAUAAUUGAAUCAAGUAGAA